GUGGUGGACGAUGAGGGCCAGCCUCCGGCAGCCACAGCGGCCAUCCAUCUGAGCGGCCGGACGUGGGGACUGCAGAGAUGGAGAUUGGUGCGGUGUCAGUGUUGUCAGGGACACGCUGAAUCACAGCAGGAGAAUGAGUUCAUUCAUGUUUCACAGAGCCGAGCACAGAGUCGGCCUCUUCCUAACAACCUGCAGCGCUCUUCCCCGCUACUCCUCCAUCAGCGCUUCCCUUUCAGCCUGGUUGUCAUGGUCAUGGUUGAGAAAACGCUGGAGCAGACCCGCUCUGAUCCAGCCGCGCCCCGCUCUCACUGCUCGGUGCACGCUUUUCCGAAUUCGUCCCCACUAAGCUUGCAGCUUGCCUCUGGUCCAGGUCCAUCCACAUCCCUCCCUCCCCUCUCUUCCUCCUACCCCCUCCUCCCCACACUCCUCUUCCUCCUCCUCCUCCUCCUCCUCCUCCUCCUGCCCGCUGCUCUUUACCGUCCCGUCGCCAGGAUGGAAAAGACGCUCUGCAGUCCGCACCUCGGGACCCCCAAAGCCAGCUCCCCGUCGUCGGACCACCGCGGGAGCUCAUCCUCGUCCAGGAAAGCCGGUGCCAGGAGCGGGUCGCACAGCCCCGGGUCCGUGUCGGCGGGGGCCGGACACGGCCGGGGAGGCGUGCAGGGCAACAGCCCCGGCGCUCCGCAGCAGCCGGCGCGCAGGCGGCAGCUGGAAGGAGUGCUCAGCAAAUACACCAACCUGAUCCAGGGCUGGCAGAACAGGUACUUUGUGUUAGAUCCCGAGCUGGGCCAGCUGCAGUACUUCGUUAAUGAGCAGGGAAAGAGCCAGAAGCCCCGUGGGUCCCUGCCCUUGAUCGGCGCCUCAGUAUCCACCAGUGAUGAGGCUCCACACAUGUUCGUUGUAAACUCUGUCAAUGGGGAGCUGUACAAACUCAGAGCUGCCGAUGCCAAGGAGCAGCAGUUUUGGAUCAGUCAGCUUCAAGCCUGUGCCAGACGCCACUCUGACAGCAGUGCCAAGGUGAGGAAGCUAAAGGGCUCAGAUGAACACCUGAGUGUGGAGAGAGCAGGAGGAGGGCAGGAGAUGCUGGGCUCCUCAUCCUCAGGUCGGACCCGUAGUUUCUCCCUCCUCCCCCACCUUACUCCAUCCUCAUCCCCGAGCUCCCAGAGGCACCCAGGCCACACGGCCGCUCCCAGCAACAUCGUCACCAUCACCCACCACAAAUCUCCAGCUGCAGCGCGGCGGGCCAAGAGCCAGUAUCCAGGACGCCUGCUAGAGGUUAAAGAGCAGGAGCACCGCUGGGCGCUCGCAGAGCGACAGCAGAGCUGGAUCGUUGGCGUGGGGCUAUUUCGGGAUACAUCACUGGUCCUGUUGGCUCCGGAGAGGGAGGUGAUGUCUCAAGCUGAGGGCCAACAGAAGAACCUCGUCCAGUCCAUUGACUCCCUACCCACCAAAGGGCCGCUUUCGUGUCUGGACCAGGACCUGCUGCUGCUCAAAGCCACCUCCGCCGCCACGCUCAGCUGCCUGGGAGAAUGCCUGAACAUCCUGCAACAGACUCAGAGUCACAGCCAGGCGCCGCCUCAGUCCCAGGCCUCCCAGCGCUACCACACCGGCCACGGAGCCUCCUCCGGUGAGUCCGUCCUGGGCCCCGUUCCAGUGCUGUUACUGGAGCCCCCAACUCCUCCAACUCCCACAUGCCCCUUGUCUUUUCAGUCCCCUCCUCCAGAGCCCACUGGCAAGGCCCAGCUGGUGCAGUUAGACUGUGGCUCGUGCCCAUGCCUGAUGGGCCCUGUGAACUUCAGGGGUGGUGUGGAGUGGGACCACGGGGCCGCAAGUACAAACCUCUUUCCUUCCGCUGCCUUGCUGAUGAGUCCUGUGGGGGCCCAGCUGCUCCUCGCUUCCGGCAUGUACCCUCCACAUCUCAAUGGUGCUCCUGUGUGGACUGUACCAAAGUCGCCCUCAGGGGAGCAGCUGAAGAACGGAGGUCUGACUCCUCUGCGGUCAGCCGAGCCCUCCCCAGCCCUCAGGAAAAGGAGUCUGUCCCAUGGUGCUGAGGUGAGAAACACGCCGUCACAUCGUAGCGUCUGGUUCACAACGCCUCACAUCUAA